GACAAGGAUCAAUCCGCCGCCGGAGCAGGAGGGGGAGGAGAGUAUCCGCGGCGGCUUCACACGCAGCAUGGAGGGUCCUGAGCGGGGAAGCGUCAGCCGGGGCCGGGAGAGCGCUGAGCAUUGAGGCGCACGCUCGCGAUGUACAGGGGCCACACGCAGACAUGGGCGCCGUGCUGAGGAGCCUGCUGGUCUGCAGCCUGAGCUGCCUGCUGAGGGCAUCUCCCUUACUGCUUUAUGCCAACCGGCGUGACCUGCGGCUGGUGGAUGCUGCUGGAAUGAAGGGGAACUCCACUGUCCUGGUCACGGGCCUGGAGGACGCAGCCGCUGUGGACUUUGUGUAUUUCCGUGGAUAUAUUUACUGGAGCGAUGUCAGCGAGGAAGCCAUUAAAAGGAUCAACUUCAACAAGACUGGAAGCUCGCAGGAUGUUGUCAUUGGCGGAUUGGUAUCGCCAGAUGGACUGGCCUGUGACUGGUUAGGAGAGAAACUGUACUGGACAGAAUCCGAGACAAAUAGGAUAGAAGUUUCUAACCUGGAUGGCACUUUGCGGAAAGUUUUAUUCUGGCAAGAACUUGAUCAACCCCGAGCGAUCGCCCUGGAUCCUGCCAGAGGUUACAUGUACUGGACGGACUGGGGCGAAGUGCCAAAGAUUGAGCGCGCCGGGAUGGACGGCUCUCUGCGGGCCGUCAUUAUAGACACAGACAUAUAUUGGCCAAACGGGCUGACGUUGGAUUACGAAGAUCAGAAGCUUUACUGGGCAGACGCCAAAUUGAGCUUCAUCCACAAGUCCAAUCUGGAUGGCUCCUUCAGACAAACGGUGGUGAAAGGAUCACUUCCACAUCCCUUCGCCCUCACCCUCUUUGGGGACACAAUAUUCUGGACGGACUGGAAUACACGGUCAAUUCUAGCGUGUAACAAGUACACCGGGGAAGACCGCAGAGAAGUGGACAGCAACAUCUUCUCCCCCAUGGAUAUCCAUGCAUUCAGCCACUUGAGGCAACCAAAUGCUACAAAUCCAUGUGCUGGGAACAAUGGCGGCUGUUCUCAUCUGUGCCUCAUGUCUCCAGUGGAGCCAUUUUACCAGUGCGCCUGUCCGACGGGAGUGAGGCUCCAGGAUGAUGGCAUGACGUGUUUACAGGGUGCGACAGAGUUAUUACUUCUCGCCCGGCGGACAGAUCUUAGGAGAAUAUCUUUGGACACCCCUGACUUCACAGACAUCGUUCUUCCAUUAGAUGAUAUUCGCCACGCCAUUGCCAUAGAUUAUGACCCGGUUGACAGCUAUAUUUACUGGACAGAUGACGAGGUGCGGGCUAUCCGCCGGGCGCAGAUAGAUGGUUCAUCCAGUCAGUUUAUCAUUGUUUCUCAAGUGUCUCAUCCUGAUGGCAUUGCUGUAGACUGGGUGGCACGGAACUUGUACUGGACGGACACUGGAACUGACCGGAUUGAGGUAACGCGGUUAAAUGGAACCAUGCGCAAGAUUCUAAUAUCAGAGGACCUUGAUGAGCCCAGGGCGAUUGUGCUGGAUCCAACUCACGGUUAUAUGUACUGGACUGACUGGGGAGAAACUCCCAAAAUUGAACGAGCGGCAAUGGAUGGUUCUGAUAGGGUUGUAUUAGUGAACACCUCGCUUGGGUGGCCGAACGGUCUCGCAUUGGACUAUGCAGAAGGAAAAAUAUACUGGGGAGAUGCCAAGACAGACAAAAUAGAGGUUAUGACUACAAAUGGAACUGGUCGGCGGGUGCUGGUGGAGGACAAGCUGCCUCAUAUCUUCGGUUUCACGUUGCUGGGGGAUUAUGUGUACUGGACAGACUGGCAGAGGCGCAGUAUCGAGCGGGUUCAUAAGCAUUCGGGGGAGCGAGAGGUCAUCAUAGACCAACUGCCUGACCUGAUGGGAUUAAAAGCCACCAACAUUCACAGGAUGUCAGGGACCAAUGCAUGUGCAGACAACAACGGUGGCUGCAGCCAUCUGUGCCUCUAUCGCCCUCAGGGACCACGGUGCGCUUGUCCCAUCGGCCUAGAGCUCAUCAACGAUAUGAAGACGUGCAUCGUGCCUGAGGCUUUCCUGCUCUUCUCUCGACGGGCAGACAUUCGGCGCAUUUCUCUAGAGACAAACAAUAACAACGUAGCCAUCCCACUGACCGGCGUGAAGGAGGCCUCUGCUCUGGAUUUUGAUGUUACGGACAACAGGAUUUACUGGACAGACAUAAGUUUAAAGACGAUUAGUCGUGCGUUCAUGAACGGAAGUGCUCUGGAGCAUGUGGUUCAGUUUGGCUUGGAUUACCCAGAGGGCAUGGCGGUGGACUGGUUGGGGAAGAACCUGUACUGGGCAGACACUGGCACCAAUCGUAUUGAGGUUUCUAAGCUUGAUGGCCUUCACCGGCAGAUCCUGGUGUGGAAGGACUUGGACAGCCCGCGGGCACUCGCACUUGACCCAGCAGAGGGGUUUAUGUAUUGGACGGAGUGGGGUGGAAAACCUAAGAUUGACAGAGCAGCUAUGGAUGGAAGUGAACGCAUCACCUUGGUGCCCAAUGUGGGCCGCGCCAAUGGGCUAACCAUUGACUAUGCAGAGAGGAGGCUUUACUGGACAGAUCUAGACACCAAUCUUAUUGAGUCCUCAAACAUGCUCGGACAAGAUCGUGAAGUCAUAGCCGACGACUUGCCGCACCCUUUUGGUCUUACUCAGUACCAAGAUUUCAUAUACUGGACUGAUUGGAGCCGUCGGAGCAUUGAGAGAGCCAACAAAACCAGUGGCCAGAACAGGACCAUCAUCCAAGGUCACUUGGACUACGUCAUGGACAUCCUGGUAUUUCACUCCUCCAGACAGUCAGGCUGGAAUGAGUGUGCGGCCAGCAAUGGCCACUGCUCCCACCUUUGUCUGGCCACACCGGUGGCUGGUUACACCUGCAGUUGCCCCGUGCACUACUUCUUGAACCCGGACAACAAGACUUGUAGUGCUCCUAGCUCCUUCCUGCUCUUCAGUCAGAAAAAUGCGAUUAACAGGAUGGUGAUCGACGAGCAGCAGAGCCCUGACAUCAUCCUCCCUAUUCACAACCUACGCAAUGUUCGUGCCAUUGACUAUGAUCCUGUGGAAAAGCACCUGUACUGGAUCGAUUCCCGGCAGAGCAUCCGCAGAGCCCUUGAAGAUGGCAGUCAGAACGUGACCUUGGUUUCCAACACAAACCCCAACCAGAACCUAGACAUGCAGCCCUACGACAUGAGCAUUGACAUCUACAGCCGUUUCAUAUAUUGGACCUGCGAGGCGACCAAUGUUAUAAAUGUCACCCGCAUGGAUGGCCGCGCUGUAGGAAUCGUUCUGAAAGGAGAGCAAGACCGACCCAGAGCCAUCCUGGUGAACCCAGAGAGAGGGUACAUGUAUUUCACCAAUCUACAGGAACGUUCAGCCAAAAUAGAGCGCGCCGCGCUGGAUGGGACAGAACGUGAGGUUCUCUUCUUCACCGGUCUUAGUAAACCCAUCGCUCUUGCCCUGGAUAAUAAAAUGGGAAAGUUAUUUUGGGCAGAUUCAGACUUGAGACGGAUCGAAAGCAGCGACCUGUCUGGUGGGAACCGCAUUGUGCUGGAAGAUUCCAAUGUGCUGCAGCCGGUGGGACUCACGGUUUUUGGUAACCACCUGUACUGGAUCGACCGACAACAGCAGAUGAUUGAACGCAUUGAUAAAAUGGGUCGAGAGGGGCGCACAAAAAUCCAGGCCCGGAUCCCAUUCCUGACUGAUAUCCAUGCUGUGACAGAACUGAGUGUGAAGGACUACAAGGAGCACCCCUGCGCACAGGAGAAUGGCGGCUGCUCACACAUAUGUAUAGUGAAAGGUGAUGGAACAACUCGUUGCUCAUGUCCCAUGCACUUGGUCCUUUUACAGGAUGAGCUGUCCUGUGGAGAGCCCCCCACCUGCUCCCCCCAGCAGUUCACUUGUUACACCGGAGAGGUGGACUGCAUUCCUGCAGAGUGGCGCUGUGACGGCUUCAUGGAGUGCGUUGACAACAGUGAUGAACACAACUGCCCCAAGUGCUCCAGUACCCAGUUCCAGUGUGCCAGCGGGCAGUGCAUAGACUCUUCUCUCAGGUGUAAUGGGGAGGCCAACUGCCAGGACAAGUCUGACGAGAAAAACUGCAAUGAAAUCUGCACUGCUGACCAGUUUCAUUGCACCAAUGGCCAGUGCAUAGGAAAACACAGACGAUGUGACCACAACAGGGACUGCAGCGACGGCUCCGAUGAAUUGGGCUGCUAUCCUACAGAAGAGCCACCUCCACCCUCAACAAACACCAUUGGCUCCAUCAUUGGUGUCAUCCUCACUGUCUUUGUGGUCGGUGGUGUUUACUUUGUCUGCCAGAGGGUGUUGUGCCCCCGUAUGAAGGGCGAUGGUGAGACCAUGGCGAACGACUAUGUGGUGCAUGGUCCGGCCUCUGUGCCCCUGGGAUAUGUGCCCCACCCAAGCUCUCUUACCAGCUCCCUGCCAGGAAUGUCACGUGGGAAGUCUGUAAUAAGUUCCCUGAGCAUUAUGGGUGGGAGCAGCGGGCCGCCGUAUGAUCGCGCACAUGUGACCGGAGCAUCAUCUAGCAGCUCGUCCAGUACCAAAGGAACUUAUUUUCCACCGAUUCUGAAUCCUCCGCCUUCCCCAGCCACGGAGCGUUCACAUUACACCAUGGAGUUUGGUUAUUCCUCCAAUAGCCCAUCCACACACCGGUCUUACAGUUACAGACCAUACAGCUACCGUCACUUUGCUCCUCCAACCACGCCAUGCAGUACUGACGUGUGCGACAGUGACUACACGCCGAGCCACCGCCUCAUGUCCACCACUGCUAAAGGCUACACCAGUGAUCUGAACUAUGACUCUGAGCCGGUGCCCCCUCCCCCAACACCGCGCAGCCAGUACCUGUCUGCUGAGGAGAGUUGUCCUCCAUCUCCAUACACAGAGCGCAGCUACUCUCAUCAUCUGUACCCGCCUCCCCCCUCUCCAUGUACGGACUCCUCAUGAGCCCCCCAGCCCUGUAAAUACAAGAAUACCUGUGGAGAGGGGACUUUGCUCCUCUUAAUGUUUUUAAUUUCAUGUACAGAUUUUAUUUCCGGAAGCGAUCUGAGUAGAAGAGGGCAGGGUCAUUCCGUGGACAGACUUGUACAUAGAGAAACAUAUUUAUAUAUUUUCUUAACUCACUCCUCGUCAUGCUGUUCAGCCGUUAACGCAAGGCGCAGCUCCUCCCCCUCAUCUGACGUUUAAGCUUUUGUAUAAAAGAUUCUCAUUCUACCCAUAUAUUGUACAAAUAUAUAAAGAUAUAUAAAUAUAUUUUUGCAAACAGAAUACACACAAUGCCUUAAUCAGCUGCCGAGGAGACGCAACGCCAGAUUUUAAUGCCAAAAAAAGUUCUACGUUAAUCCUUACCGUGUCUGGGGCACUUAAAUGAUUAACAACUAUGAUAGUAAUUUUUAAAUUUUAUUUUUAAUUGGACUCACACCUGAGCAAUGAUUCACAUACCGUGCACCGCUGUGUACACAUGUCCUGCCAACCCUGGUCUCCCGACUCUGGGUGCAAAUUUCACUGUAUGACAAACUUACAUCUGAUGCUCAUGUGUAUGAGUCUGCAUUAAACCACAGAAACCUGCAGAGCCACUGUAAAUGAACUGCGGAAAACUGCAACAGUUUUCAAGAAUUAAAGGGGAGCUCCACUGCUGCUGCAUUUAAGGCUACCUAGUGGGUGUACACCAUCAUUUGUUCCCUGGAUAUGUCCUAUGUCGAAUUCCAUCAUCACUGCAUAUGGAAUUGAGCAAAGCUGUGGCUUAUUCCCUAUACAGUCAACUAUAUAGCAGCAUGAUAUGUCUAAUAUACCACUAAUCUGUUCCUAAACCACUAUGAGGAUGGGGCUGUUACUUGUGUUGCAGUUUUUUUUUGUUACUUUAUAUCACCAAAGUUUGUGUCUCCCCAUUUAUCACAGAGGUGGCGUCCCCUUCUGGCAGCUGGAGUUAGAGAUGUAUUGUUUCUAUUUUACAAAGUCUGCAAAUUUUAAGUGUUUUUAUACCACAUACAAUGUAGAUACUGUACUGUAUUUAUAAGCCAUGUAACAUUGUUUUGUACUCUCCUCAUGUUUAUAUGCCGUAUACCUGUGUGUGUAUAUAGACAUCGAUGUCUGUGCAGUAUGUCCAGUCUCCAUUAUACCACAUUUCAAGUGAAGAAGGCCUGGCACUCCACGUGGUUGGAUAAAAUCUUCAGUGCUUUCUGGUAGAAAUCAUACAUGACACGUUUCAGUCAGAAAAGAUCUCAUUCAGGCUAUUCUUUUCUGAUCAAAACGUGUCAUUGUUUGUAUGGGCGGUUGGAUCCAGGUUUGUGAUUUCUACAAUGAAGUAUUGAAGUUUUUAUCCAACUGUGUGGAGUGCCGGACUUUCUUCACAUUUCUUGUUUAAGCUCUCAUGCAUGGUUCCAAGCACCCGUCAGGAUUAAUCUAUAUGAACAGGGUGAGUGAACGGUUUG